CAACUUUUGUAUUGUGCCGGCGAAGACGAAGAAGAAGACAUUCACAUCCCGACUUCCGAUCCCCGAUGUAGGUAGUUAGUGCGGUAGCUAUGAGAGAGUGCGGUGAACGUAUCCGUAGGGAGCGAGCUGCUCCCCUUAGUCCCAAGUUGGCCCUUCGAAGGGUUCUCGUGCUCGCCGAGGGAAGGCAAUUUCGUGAGGCGGCGUCGAUCUUGGCGAAGCUCGGACCGACCGCCCUCGCGACCGUCGCGAGCGAGCUACCCCUUGAGCUGCUGGUCGAAGGACUUCCGCAUUCCGCGCAACUUUUGGAGACGCUGUUCAGUCGAUUGUUAACGUCGAAUCCAUGUCCGAACAUAAAUACGGAACCGGUAAUAUGGCAAUUAGUACGGCUACUGGCGGCGCACGAGGACUCCGGUUUGAAAGGGAAAAUUCGAAAGUUAGCACAGAUUUUGGCCGAAUACCAGCCAGAUAUUCGGCGAGUGGUUGUGACCAAACGGAAGGCUUUCGAAGAAGCGGUCAAAGGUCUCGGUUGUCACGGUCUGACGCCGGACGUCGGCGGUCUGACGCACCUUCACGUGGCCCUCAAAAACGAAAUAACCAACCACAUUGAGGCUUACAAGACGGUCCUGCACAAGCUGGACGAUUUGGGCCUCGUGACAAAUGACAGUAAGAAACCGGUGGACGCCUCGCACCAUCGACUGCUGUCGUUGCAGUUUGAGGACGUGCAGCAGCGUCUGAUUGAUAAUACGACGCUGCUGACCACUUUAGAUAAGCCCGCCCUGAAGCAGCUGAAGGUCUUAAUCGAGACCUUAAGCAAGCGAGUACAAAAUGAUAAAGAGGCCCUUUUUUGCAUAUCACAACUUAAAAGAUUACAACCGAUAGACGAGAACAAACCCGUAGCUACACUUCUAAUGACAUUUACCAAAGGCUGUGGCGCCCUCUUGGAGCUUAUGCAAGCGCCGGAAAGUCCUUGCCACAGCGAUGGUUAUCAUUCGGAAUCGGAACAGGAAGUUGAUAAGAGGAACGAUGCAACGGAUCGAUACGCUGCACUUUACUUUCAAAAUCGACCUAGAGCGCUAGAGGCAUUAGAUUCACUUCCGGAAUUGCAAUAUGCGACGCAAUUAAAAGCGAAAAUCUUAUUCUCGGUGGUUGUCCUUGCUUUUAGGACUUGCAAAAAUUUGCGAGAAUCGAAACUGAGAGAGACGCUACGUAGUUUACACGUGGACGAGCGGACGUCGGUCGCUCACGUUUUUCGCGCGCAAUUGAUGCGCUGCCUCGCGUCGACGGCCGACACCUUUCCACUCGUGGACGCCGAGCACCAGGUGCUGGCGCUCCUCUGCGACACUCUGAAGGAGUACGAGUGCCUGAAGACGUGCGCCGCUCUCAGAACUUACGUAUCCAACGUCACCGGCGUCUGCUGGUACAUCGCCAAUCAGGAUCCUCCCUACGAAUUGGACACCGACUUCCAAAUUCCGAUUCGGUUCCAACCCGAACGCCAUAUCAAGCACCAUUCGUCCGACCGAAUGAGCAGCACCGUACGGGCGUACUUGUGGCCCGGACUUAGAAGUAGGUCCUCGUGCGCCCACAAGGCCGUCGUGAUCACGAAUGGCACUUAAUCUUAAAAAAGGAACUUGCGGUUUCGUUUACAUUAUGCAAAUAUUUUUAAUUCUGUGAUAGCGGUUAGGAAAGCUGAUUUCUAUUAUACAGUUUUGUUCGCCAGUGUCGGCAUUAAAACUAUUGUUUAAUAAUUAGGACAACACAAAUAAUCAAUAAUAAACAUCCUAUAACUGAA